AUGACAUUCGAAAUUACCAAAUUUGUCAACUUGACUGCUAGACGUCGAUCUGACAGAAACAACACGACGUCCUCGUCUAGCUCUUCCGGAUCAGCAUACGAUGCUUCGAUCAAACUCAUCGCAACUGUCUGUAUCGUCAUCGCCGCCAUCAUCAUUUCCGUCGUGGUCGCAAAAAUAGCCGACAUGUGUUACGAUCGGCACGUGCUCCGUGAUGAUGCCAGUGACAUAAGUGACCACACCAAAGGACUCAUCCGGGCUCGACUGGCCAUCAUACAGAUGAAAAAGAAAGAUAGACCUAAAAAGAAUAGUAUAAGCAUGCUUCAGGUCUGGUCAGCAAAAGCCAAAAAAUCCAACUCUCAACAACCGACCAAUAAUAAUACAAACAAAGAGAGGAGUGUGGUAAUCAAUGUGGGAGAGGCUCCAAACCCAAACAAAAAUAACGAUAAAUACUCCCCUAGAUCAGAAAAUAAGCCGUCUUCUAAAGUUCACGACAGUACAAUAUCUGCCCAGGCCAAGAAACAAGGUGCUUCAAAAACACAGAACUCGCAAAAACCUGCAAAAUCUCUUGCGCCACCAAAGACACCAGGGAAGAAAACUGAUAAAGGUGGGUCAAAAAAGCAGGCAACAUCUCCUGAUAAACGUGUGACCUUUAAAGAAGAAAAAAAUGUGAUGGAGAUUCAAAGUGUUUCAACGUUAGGGGCUCAAGUUUGA